AUGUCUUCUGCCUCUCCCAACCAGCGACCAGUGGCCGUAUUUGUCUGUGACAUCCAGGAGAAGUUUCGUAACGCCAUCUAUCAGUUUGAUCAGGUUGUCUCAACUUCCCGGAAAGUCCUUCGUGCCGCCCAGGUUCUCGACAUCCCCGUCUUUGUCACCACCCAAAACCGCGCCCGGCUCGGCAACACCGUCUCCGAGCUGGCCAGCCUUCUGGCCUUUGACAGCGCAGACACUCGCGAAGCUGGUCCUAAGCUGGCGCAAGUAGUCGUCGAUGCCGACAAAACCCGCUUCAGUAUGUAUGUGCCCGAAGUGCAGGCAGCUCUGAACAAGUUCUCGCCGUCCGCCGCUGUGGUUAUCGUCGGCAUCGAGUCGCACAUCUGCGUCACCCAAACAGCCCUCGACCUUCUGGCUGCCCAACAUCGUGUCUACGUUCUAGCCGACGGCGUGUCGUCGUGUAACCCCCAGGAGAUAUCAGUAGCCCUGGACCGCCUGCGUGCUGCUGGUGCUACGGUGACCACCUCGGAAAGCUGGAUCUACGAGCACGUCGGUGAUGCUUCCAAGCCCGAAUUCCGCAACAUAAUCAGCCUCGUCAAAGACACCAGCAACGAUACGAAGACUGCCCUUUCGGCUCUGCUCCCUGGCAAGAUUUAG